AAAUAAUUACGAAGCCUCCAAGAAAAAUGAAAAUGGCGAAAAACCGAGUGCACAGUUUUUCUUAAUUAAAAAAUAAUAAGAAAAUCAUUUUAAAAUUAAACUAAUCCAUAUUGAUUAUAAUAUUUUGUAAUUAAUAGCCAAAGUGUAAUAGAAAAGUGUACAAUAAUUUGAAUAUAUACAGAAUAACUAAUGUUUGAAAAAGUGCUGCAAAAUUAACAUUUAAAAAGCAAAGAAAAGAACUGAUCUAAUUGAAAAAGAGCAUACAAAUAAAAUUUAAACACUGCACGCAAAUAAGAAUGUUUUAAUUUUUUUAAUUAGUUAUACAAAAACAAUAUAUAAUUUACAGUUUGCCUAAUUAUUUAAGAUAUUUUUUUCAUACUAAACAGUACAUUGAAAUAGUUUAUGGUGCAAACAUUUCGUGGCUGUUUUAAGACUUCUAGUAAAACACGCACACAAACAAAGUGUAAAAGAAAAAAAGUUGCGAUUAUACCGCCGCAUAAAAAGCGGUAUUUUUUUCUCUACUGAAUUACCGGAGAAAAAAUACCUUUAUUUUUCUCUUUACAAUCUUAAAUUAUUUAAUAUUGCUUUAAAAAGAAGAGAGAAAACAACAAUACAUAAUUUAUGUAGUUUUAUUUGCAUAUUUUAUAAAAGUUUAAACAUUUUUUCCUGGAUUAAUUUUGUAUGUAUUUAAUAACACCACUAAUAGUACGACACAAUAUUUGUAUAUGUAUGUUACAAUUUAAUUGAAAACUCGUAACAAAAAAGUGUGAGAAGCGGCGCAAACAAAAAUGUCUGACGAAUCCAGUGAUUGUAGUGAUAUGAAUUUUCGACCGUCGGGCAGCAGGGGAGGCCGUCAACAAAACCGUCAAGAUCAGAAAAGAAAACGUCGUAUUGUUAUGCGUAUUGAAUUUGAUGAUUCGGACGAUUCAUCUUCAGCUUCCGAUCGUACAAGUGAUGAUGAAGAAGAUGACGUCAAAGCUAAACACAAUAAAGGUAAUGACCUUGACGAUGACGGUCCCUCAAGCUCGGUAAAACUUCGUAGCCGGCAAAAGAAGCAAAAUUUUAAUAAUGACGCCAACAAUGAUAAUGAUGAAGAUUCAGAUGAAUUUCAACGUAAUGCUGCUACUCGUCGUUUACGUCGUGGUGGCCGACGUAUUAAUGUUUUAGAUGUUGGAUUUUCAGAUGGUUCUACAAGUGGCAGUGAGAUAACACAACGUAAAAACUCGCGCGGUAAAAAAUUUAUUGUUUCUGAAGAUGAACGAGAACCUAAAAGCCAAUCAACUAGUUGCAAAGAAAAAUAUGGAGCAGAACAUAACCAACAGCAGCAACAGGAUGAACAAGGCUUCACAUCGGACAGUAGUAGCAAUGAAUUACUUGAAAAAUGUCCAAUUUGUUUGUUAACAUUUCGACAGCAAGAAAUUGGUUCACCAUCUACAUGUGAGCAUAUCUUUUGUGCUAAUUGCAUUGAAGCAUGGUCAAGGAAUGUUCAAACAUGUCCCAUCGAUCGUAUCGAAUUUCAACGUAUAAUCGUGCGCGAAUCUUAUGAAAAUCGUAAUAUUGUGCGCGAAAUAAAUGUGGACCCAAAUGCUAAGAAGGAAUUGGUGUUGGAAGAUGAAUUAGUCGAAGAAGAAGAUGUGACAAAUUGCGAAGUAUGCAAUAGUCCGGAGCGAGAAGAGGUAAUGUUGUUGUGCGAUCAUUGCAAUCAAGGCUAUCAUAUGGAUUGUUUAUCACCACCAUUGUCUGAAGUACCAGAAGGUUCAUGGUAUUGUGAUAAUUGUGUAGAUUCGGAAGAUGAUAUAGAUGAUGAAGAGGAAGAUUUGAAUAUGUUGUAUGAAGAUAUUCGAGAUAUGGGAAUACCAGAGAGCAGGCUACGUGUCCGAGAAGUUCAGCAGCCUAGAAUAUUAAGAACUCGUCAAAAUGAGCGCAUCCGAGCGGCUAUAUUAAGGCGUACAAGAGCUAGCUUAGAGACUACAACAACCGCAACAACAACAAAUUCUACUACGCGUCAGCGUGGACGUCCUCGUACAACAACGACAGGCCGUUCCACGACUAAUAGAAAUCAAAGCGUUAGCGGUUCAGCUGUACGCAAAACUCGCAAAGUUCGCAAACCUAGACGUCGACGUGCUCGUCAACGCACUUAUGUUGUUGAAUACGAUUUAAAUAAUUUCGAUGAAAAAUUUGCUAUAAAAACCACUAAAAAAGUGAUUAAACGCCGUAGAGCACGAAGAUCAUCAAAAAGAGGAAAACGAUCCGUUGAUGGAGUUCGCAUGACUGCAAGCAAACGCUUAGCAGAACAAAUGGGUGUUAAACCUGAUCCCAAAUAUACUUCACAUCUAUCUGGUUAUAAUGCUGGUUUAUCGUUGUUUGGUGGUGCCAAUAAUUUGGAAUACUUUUCGGAUAGUGAUAAUGAUGGUAACAUAAAUAGUGAAAUUCACAUUGAAACUGGCCAUGGAACUGCAGUACAGACCUCUGUACGAAUUUCUAAUUAUGGCUCUCAAAGAUCCCGUAAAGGAUUAUUACUUGGACGUCUGCAACCAAAUCGUGGCAUACCAGAACCGGUAGUAGAGCAAAAUAACUCAAAUCCCGAUAUACUUUCAAGUAUAAUGGAUAUGCAAGAUCGUUGGCAUAGUGCUGCACGUAAUUUGGAGAGUAUCCACAUCAAUACCGAUGGAACGUUAAAUUUGCCAAGUUCAAAUCCAACAUCAAGUCCUGCUAAAGAAAACAAGUCUGCUGGUAAAGAGUCUGCAAAUGGUCCUAGUUCAAGUGACAUAAAUCAAGCUCCAAUGUAUUCUCGCGGUGGAGGAAAUGCUAAUUUCAAUAGAGGAGGAGGUGGUGGUGGAGGCGGUUACAAUAAUCGAUCCAAUAAUCAAAAUAACUAUCGUGGUGGUGGAGGAGGAGCCGGAAACCAAUACCGUCAUUCUACCGGUGGCGGCGGCAGUACUGGCGGAUUUUCUGGUAGCAAUUCCAAUAGUAAUAGUGGAAUGAAUUACAAUAUGGUUGGUCGUGGUAACUUUAACUUUAGUAACACCCCCAAUUAUAACGGAAAUCCUACACAGCCUAAUAACGCCUCACCAUUCCAACAAAGAAAUUUCAAUCAACGUAAUCAGCAAAAUCAACAACAACAAAAUCAAAAUAAUCAACGUAACAAUCCCAAUAAUAACCAGCAGCGUAAUUCUUUACCAUUCACCAAUAACAAUGAUAACAUGCAACAACAACAACAUCACCAGCAACAAAAUCAAAAUAAUCCUUUUGGAGGAGGUAUGUCACAGACAUGUUUGCCACCACCAUCACGUUUACAUCCACAGCAAAAUCUGCAAACACCACCACCACUUAAUGAAAACUCCCUAUUUGGUGGUCUACCACCUCCGAUGAGUAUUCCACCUCUUCAUCACCUUAAUGUGGCACCGCCAGUUCUUUUAACUGUACCCCCACCACCGGCACCGCCGCACGUCGUAAUACCAAAUGGUUCACUGUUUCAAAUUAACUCUGAUUAUGGCAAUAACGAUGACGAUUCCAAUUGUCCAAAUUUUGCCAUAUAUUCACAUGAAUCCCAACAAGUUGCUAAAUCAUCGGAGACCUACCCAUCCACAACAAUUGGAGGAGCAUCGAAUACAGCCAAUGCGGCUAAGGAAGACGAUGAAAAUGAAGAUUUAGUACAGUUAGAUGAUGAUGAUGAAAUACCGAUGCCACCAGAUCCAAAUCCAUCUGAAAAUGUCAGUUCAUCUGAAUUAUAUGAACCUGAAAAUCCAACAGAAGAAAAUAAUGAUGACGACGAAGAAGUAGAAGAAAAUGUAAAAGAAUUAAAUAAAAAUGAUACUAAUGCCGCCACAAAGGAUGAUGGCGAUGAUUAUGGGGAUGAUAGCUCCGACGACGAAGGUGAUGAUAAUAAGAAAAACAAAGACAAAGAUAAGAAACAAGAAAAUCAAAGUAAUUCUGAAAGAUAUGACCCCUUAGAAGAUGCUUUAUCGGAAUGUAGUAAAAACGACGACGAUUUAACUGAAAAAGAUAUCACAGAACAAUGUAAACAUUCUAAUAAUGACAAUGACAAACGAUCGGAUACAGUACGUUCGCCUAGUCCGGCAGUAUCGGAUAUACGCUUGCCCGAAAGUGAAACUGCAGCAGCAAGUCGUAAAGGUGUUCUCGAGUUGUAUGAUGAUAGCGAUUGGGAAGAAUUGGACAUAGAUCGUCCUAAAGAUAAUGAUAAUAAAAGUUCGGAUAAGACAAGUGAAAAAAGUAAGGUGGCUGAUGAAGAAAACGACAAUGUUCAAGAACAAGAUAGAUCAUAUACACCUUGUUUAGAUGAAAAUAACGAUCCUGAAGAGCCUGAAAUUGAAGGCGGUACUACCACUCCACUUAUUACUGAAAAUUCUGAAGCAGUUGAAAUGUUAGCCAGCAAAGGCCAAAAAAGCAGCAAGAAAGAUAACAAAUCAGCUAAUAAAAUUGAAAAUAUGGAAACUGAACUCAUAUCUGAUGAGGAAGAUGAAUUUGAUCGCUCGAAUAAAGAUCGUAAAAAGAAUCAAAAAACCGGUGAUAAACGAGGUGAUCGUCGCGAUAAUGAUAAAGUUGAAACGUUUAAAAAGAUUGGUAGUAAACAGAAGGGUCGCAACUAUCGUACUGACAAACCACCGACAUCAAACAACAAACGUGUUGACAAAAAACGUCAGUCUAGUAGAUCGAUGUCGCGUUCACGAUCGGUUGACUCAAUUCGCUCGAGAGGAGGUAGAUCACGUUCUAGGUCUCCUCGUUUCAGAGCUCGCGGUAAUAGGUCGCGCUCCCACAGUCGUUCAAAUAACAAAGAAAAUCAAGGUCGUUGGGGAGGAAAUUUCAGAGAUGGCGGUCGUUUUCAAAGGAACAACCAACAAUAUCGUCUUAAACGUCGAGAAUUAAAGCGCUAUGAUGUUCGAAAUGUAGUUGGGAAUCAUUCGCCGUCAAAAAAUAUAUCGAAAGAUCGCUAUGGACGUGACACAUCUCGCAACCGAAGAAGUAGCCGCUCGCUUAGCCGAGGAAGACGUGGUCCACCACGUAGGUCACCAUUAUCACGUUCCAGAUCACGCAAUAGACGCUUAAGUAUUAGUUUGUCACCAUCACCAUCUUAUAACCGUAGACGUUCAUUGUCACCUCCACGUCCAGCUCGGCAAUUUAGUCCAGCACGACGAAGAUCACAAUCGGUUGGUAGAAAAACUCCUCCCUUCAGACAACGCUCACGCAGCCCGUUGCGUGUGAUGAGAUCCCGUUCGAUAUCGCCAGGAGCAGAUCAACGAAUGAAUAAUCGAAAAGCAUCACGUCGCUUAAGAGGUAUUUCGCCUGCAAGAAAUCUACGAACUCGAUCAAUUUCAUUGUCUCCACGAUAUACACCGCGUCUAAGCCGAAGUCGCUCAAAGAGUCCUAGACCGAAAGGUAAAAAGAAGAAAUCAAAGGAUGCACGCAAGAAGAAGUCAAAAAGACGUAUUGCCACUAUGAGCCCAUCACCUAACCGAAGAAUAUCUCGGCAACCUGAUCCAUUUGACAUUGAAAAACCGCCCAAAAAGAAAAGACGUCGUUCUCCUCGCGCUAAAUCACCAAUACACGAUGACCACGGAUGGUCACCAUCGCCCAGUCCGCCACCACAGGCAAUUGUUGAAAAUUAUGAUUAUCAAACGGAUAAAAAUGUAUCCUGGACACCACCAAUGCAAUCACCUCUAUUAGGACUUUUCCGUUCAAGCAAUGUAAGAAGUGUUUCCCGGUCGAGUAGGAAGGAAAAGAACAAACGUGGUAAAAAGAAGAAAAAGAAUGAGAAACGCCGCGACGGACGUAAAGAAAAGAAACGCAAGCGUCGUACAGAAACUCCAGAACCAGCUCCUUCGAAAGAAGUUUUUGCUUCAGGAAACAAUAUUCUUGUAAGCGUUAGUUUCAAUAAAGAGGCUACAGCAAGUCAGCAGCACUCUCAGCAAACUAUUGUUACAUUACCGCAUAAUCGCGAAGAUUUAUUAUCUAAUCGAAGACCAUCUGUAGAUCGUGUAAUCAGCAACAUUGCUCCCACAAGGAAACGAAAAGGGAAACGUAAAAAAAUUGAUACCAAACCAGUGGCCAUCAUUGAUUUGGAGCGUUCACCUUUCCAAGUGGAACAGGAACCAACCGAUGUUAUUAUACUUACCGAUAGUGAAGAAGCAACCGAACACAGGCGCGACCGUCACCAUAGUGAAUCUUGUCCUAGGGAUGGGGAUACGGAAACUCAUCGCAACCAUAGCGGUGGACAACGUGGCGAAAAAUCGCCAGAGCGUUUGGAUACUAUACAUGAAGAUUCCUAUGAUCUGACACAAACUGGUGGUCCUAAAACACCCCCAGAACCUCCAACUGUCAAAUUCAAUUUACAAGCUAAAAAACAGAAUAAAACCCGAAAUCCUCUGCAUGAAGAAGAUGACGAUCUUGCUUCAGAUGCCGAAUUGGAUGAAAGGCAGCAGCAGCAAGAUAGUCAUCGGUCGGAUUUGGAUUCUAUGCAUGUACAAAGUAGCCAAAAGAUUGGACCUAAUACCCCGCCUGAGUCUGGGCCAUGUUCGCCAGACGCCUAUGAUCCAUUCGAACCAACAAAAUCUCCCUCUAUAUCGCCACGUUCCCCUACACCACCACCACAACAAUUGGAUGUGUCUCAGAAUACAAUUUGCGGUGAAAAUGGUGGAGGAGAAUUAGGAUCAAAUCAAAAACAUUUGAGUGGCGUCGACAGCGAACAGCGCAGAGAACAGAUACCGGGAUUGGGUGGAAUUGUAGCGCAGGGCGCCUCCAUCAAUCCUGUCGAUUUAGUUAUGGCAUUAAUUAACUCAAAAUCAGCUGCUAACAUUGUACAAGAUUUAGCAAAUAAAUCAAACGACAUUAAUAGUAUGGGCGGCGUAAAUUCCCAUGACGAUUCAUUCCGCGACAAAGGAGACGAAGGCAAAGCAAUUACUGUACUUUCAAAUCUACUUAUAACUUCGAGUAAUAUGCAGCAUAUACCCAGCAUAUCUAGUCCCACUCCACCGACAACAUCGAAGAAAAUGCCAAAAAUUGGCGGAAGCGUUGGAGGAAGUAGCAGUAGUGGUGUUAAUGUACGCAACGGUGGUGGUGGUACAUCGAACAAUGCUGACGAUUCGUUUAAUAUGAACGACAUUGAGAGUCCUUAUUCUCCCGGUUCUGCCGAUUACGAAGAUCUUUUUGAACCCCCACCAGAUACAAGUGGCAAUAAAAGACGCUCAAAACGUGCAGGUGCUACUGCUGGCGGUGGUUCUGGUAAACUGGAAAUAUUCGAUAAUCUUUUCGGAAGCUCAUACACGCCCUCGAAAAAAUAUAAGGCUGCUACGCGAAAAUCAAAAGUUAAAGUUGGGAAAUCUAAUGAUGAGAACAAUAAAAUAUACGAUGAUGUACCAAAUUCCGCAGUCGAAUUACAUGCUAAAGAUAAGUUCAUGCGUAAGUUGAAUCGCCAAGAGCGCGUAGUGGAGGAAGUAAAAUUGGUAUUAAAACCACGUUUUAAUAAGAAACAAAUCACCAAGGAUGAUUACAAAGAAAUUAUGCGACGUGCUGUGCCCAAGAUUUGUCACAGUAAAUCGGGUGAAAUUGAUCCAUUUAAGAUCAAGAAAUUAAUCGAGGCCUAUGUGAAAAAGUUCCGGGCAAAACACAAGAAAUUGAAUAUUGUGAACACGGGACAAGUCAGCAGUGCUGUCAAGUGCGCCGCUUAUUUGAAAAAGUUGUAGGGACUACAUCCAUACACAAAGCGUUUAAGUAAGAUUUAAAAAUUCUAUAUUCAACAACUUACCACGUAUGACUCAAUAUGUAUAAAAAUUAAAAACGACGCCACUUCUCACAAAAAAUAUAAAAAAGGAUACAACACUACUUUUCUAUAUUUUAAAAUUCACUUUUUAAGAUAUUGAAAAAUCUUAGCCGGAAUAUAAAGCACUUAAGUCUACAUAACCACUAUUAUUUUCAUUGUGUUUAUUUCUGAAUUUGAUGUAUUAAAAAAAUCUGCAAAAUUCUAUUUGAAAUAUUAAUUAUUCUGAAUAUUUUUUCAGUCUUUUGUCGUUUGCUUAUUAUAAUUUAAUUAUUUAAUAUUUAUGCUUGAUAUUUAUUACAAUUGAUUUAAUGUAUCAGAAUGAGAAAAAUUGUUUUAAUUUUAAUAAUAUAAUAAAUACAUAUUUCAAUUUUAUAAAAACCACAGACAUAAUAUUAAAAAAUAAAAAUAAAUAAUUGGAUGAACGGAUUAUAAAAUAAUGUAUUUAUUUUAUAUUUUUUUUGAGUUAUUUUAUUUAAAUAUUUCCACUUUAUUUGAUUUCUAUAUAUUACGAAUUUCAUUUGUUUUAACAAUUCGCUCUCAUACUUAAGUUUCCAGCAAUAAAUAAUAAAAUUAUCAAAUUUCAAUUAUUAAAUUUUUAACGUAGAAAUCAUAAUUUUUAGAUCUAUCUAUAACAUACAUAUUUAAUUGUGUAAUGAAAAGUAAUUAUUGAAUAAAAAAAUAUUAAUAAACAA